GAUCGAUGACUGCUUUUCGUUUUUCCUUUCAUGUCUCUCAGUCCACUUGAUGUAAUGGUUGUGCCUGCUACGGCGAAGUUUGACGUGUGGUUAGUGUUUGCAAACUUCAGGAAAACAUUGAAGCUCAAGCUCGCCACUUGCAUCACGUUUGGGCAGUUAGUGGUGUUAUUGGUUGCGGCAGUGUGUUUCUGGGGUGCAACCGUCGAAGCAGGUGGUGUUGGUCACCGCAAGCAUGGUCCGUACGACGCGGAAAGUCUGCGGGUGAGGGGUCAAGGUAGGGAGACGCUGGGAAGCCGUGUGCUUGAUCAAACAUCAUAUGUGCGGCGCAAUGGAGGUUUGCAUGCUGUUGCAGAGGAUAGACUUGCGAAAGGGGAGAGCGCAGAUGAGAGGGAGGAGGAGAGACGAGAAGCACGUAGCCUGGCUGGAACGGAGCUAGCCAAUGGAGAUGACGAGAAUGGCUAUGCUAAGAAAGUCGUUAAUUCCGACACACAAGGACGAGGGUCGAUAAUGGCGGGGCAUUGGGAUGGUCAGGUACGGCGAAGGGUUGUCAAGGAGGGCGGUGCUGCCUCACGCACAGAGGGCGGUGGAACGGAUAACAUGCAGGGUAACCCAGGGGCUGCUGCGAAGAAUGAGGCAAAUCUUGAGUUAACAAACAGUGAAGAGAGUGAACCUCGAGAUGAAGCCAGACACCCAACGGUUAUGGGUGAGGGGGAAUCUCAGACUCAAGGUGGAGCUGUUGAGAAUGAUGAGGAGGCUGCACAGGUGGAGGAGAGGGAGAAACUGCAUGAGGCGGGAGAUGAGGAGCCGGAAGAAGGUGUCGUGGAGAAGGGAGAGAAGCGGAAGGAGGAGAUGGAAGAGGAGGGGACUGAGGAAGGGGAGGGGACGGAGGAUAAGGAAGAGGAAGGAACACAGGGCAAGGAAGAGGAAGGAACACAGGGCAACGAAGAGGAAGGAACACAGGGCAAGGAAGAGGAGAACGCUGAGGAGGAGAAUGGGGAGGAUGAGGAGGAGAGGACAGAGGCAACAGCGCAAGAGGAAGAGAAGGAAGCAGAGGAAGAGCGAGAUGAUUCCCUACAGCCCAGGCGGAAGCGCCAUCAGGUGUCUCCUCUCCGAACUGUCGUGUCUGGAGGUGGUAGGAAACAUCAGGUGGGAGACCGCACUGGCAGCAGAAGGAGCGCAGUGGGCGCAGUCGGUAAGGAUGAGGAAGAGACGGACAUGGACGAAGAAGAUGCGCCAGAGAAGAAAGGAGAGGAGGCAACAGAGGAAGAUGGGGAGAACACAGCAGAGCAGGAGGAAGAGGGUGCUUUCAGGGAGGGUCAAGGUGAUGAGCAUUCUCUGCAUCCAAUUACUCGUCACCGCCAGCGUUCACGUGUACGGAUGUCAUCUUCUGGAGAUUCCACAGAUAGAGGUGAUGGUGCGGAACAGCAACCGGAAGAGGAGAGCAGGGAUGAAACCAACGAACCAGGUGAGGGAAAAGAAGAACUAGACGAUGAAGAAGAAGAAAAAGAAGAAGAAGAGCAGAAACGCAGUUUCAGCAAUGCUACGGAGGAAAGGUUGGGAUUUGGUCCGCCUCCCUCUUCAGCGUUAACAUCCGAAGUCAGUCGUGAACAUCUGGCAGCCUCUCGUAAUAGUACGGUAGUCGUGAACUCUGAGAAAGCGGAUGGUUCUUCUGGCUCUAAUCAUUCGAGAGGCAUGGGUGCUAAUGAGUUGGUUGGAAACGGGAAGGAGGAGGAUUUGGAGCCACAUCGCGUCACACAAGAUAAUAGGGAAGGCGUAGGCACCACCCAGGAUGGUGAGGCUAAGCUGACCUCUGAUGGGAAGAUGGUUCAGUGGGACUCUGGCAAAGGAACCUUGUCCGAGGCUGAGGCUGCAGAACUAGUUACUGACAAAGUGGAGGGGGGGGAGUUCGGCACGGGUGGAGGAGAGGGGAACAUGGACGAGCAGUCGGAACUGGACGACGAGGAGCCCGGAAACCUGAUGGAGCCAGUGCAGAAAACGUUUAGCGGUUUGCAUAAGAAGACAAGGGAGUCUGUUUUUCCGAAGAUGGGGCAAGCUAAGGAUUUGGGAGUGAAGAUAUUUGAACAGACGCAUUCGUCGUUGAACGAGGGCCUGACUCCGCUUUUGGGCAAGAAUUAUAGCCCAAUCGUUAGCACAUUGAUAGCGUACGGCAUGUUGCUUGUUCCUCUGAUCAUCACCAUCUUCAUCGUUGAGAGAGUUCGUGCGGUUUUGUCGAUUCAAAAACUCCUCCUCUUUGCCAACGCUUACUUGACCGCCUACAGUGUCACGCUUUUGUGUUUGGCGAUCGUCAUUGGCGCCGAGCCGAUGGUGACGUUACAGCGUUCCGCUUGGGAGAACUACUUCCUCCUGCAGUUCUUGCAGGCUCUAGGAUACAUCGUCUACCUCAUGCUUCAGCUGACUAAUGUGAUUCUGGUGUUUAAUGGCGAUACAUUCCUCGCAAAAGCGAUCGCAAUCAUUCAGUUUGGAACCGCAGGAGCAGUAGGCCUACACUACUACGUGGCGGUGUGGCAAAGAGCCAUGGUAGACAAACCGCCGAGGAUAACUUCGACGGCAUAUUUGGUCUAUGCUCUCAUCUUCUUUGUGCUGUGCCAGAUGGCAAGGCUCCGGAACUCUCGGAGGGAUGCUAUUCUGUCGAGUGACGCUGGCGAUAAAGUGCUGUAAGCCCGCCCCGUCAUGGCAUACUCACACUGGGGAGGUUCCCGUCUCUAUCUGUUGUGAAAUAUUUGAGUCCAGACUGUCCAGUUAAAAAUGAUGCUGGUUAGGGCGUAGACCACAGCAGCCAGUGGAUUUUUGCAAUGUUGUCCACUUUAUACGCUCUUGCCAGAGAGGGAGAGAGGGAGAGAGAGAUGGUGAGGCUGGGGAUGGUGUAAGGCGCACGUUAGGGCCGCUGGCAGUGGAACGCACACGUUCAGUUUGCAGCUGCCUCCAGAGAUGCAGGGUUGGCUUGGCGGAUGGAGAUUGGUGGUCAGUGUGUCGGGUUUUACCUACCAAGUGGACCCUGCUGCUGUAAAGUUGAGGAGAUCUUUUUUUUUUUUUUUUUUUUUUUUUUUUUUUUUUCAAGUGGUUAGUUUGGGUGGGAGAUGUGUGCCUCCCUGCAUGGGAUUGGUCUCUUGCUAGAUGAUAGAGGGGUCCAAACCGAACCGCUGUGGACAGCAGUCCAGAAAGAGACUGAUGUCAGUUGGACAAUAGCGGCGGUGGAUGUUUCGUAUUCGGAUGGGUUGAUUCGCUUUAUCAGUGCAGAGAGGCAUGCACGAAUGAUAUGCCCGCUAUGAGAGAUCCAGGUUUUGAAAAUUUCGGAGAUCCAGCUCCUGCAAGUAAGUGGGAGAUACAUAGAGGUUUCAUUCUGGUGUCAGUCUCCCCCCGGCAUUUCGCUGAAGUGCUUAGAGCGAAUAGGCAAAUUGGUAAUCAAUGAUUCGAUCUUUGAAGAUUCGUGGAGUGUGCAUUGUCUAAGCGUUCACAGCGGUGCCAGGAAAACUGGGCUCACAUGUUUUUUGUAUCACAGCGAAGGGAAAGGUUAUUCUUUCCUCAGCCAGGAGAUUAACUCACCUUAGCUACCGCCGGGAAUACCCGUCUGCUCUGUCUCCAUGGAGACAGCUUGUGUUUGGUUCAAACUCUUGCUUACCUGUCGUUUGGAAUUCUUGGUCGACACGGGCACGGGGUGAGCAUUGUGCUUUUUUAACCUAAUGGUCGCAGGUUCAAAUCCUGCUGUUGUCCUCGUUCCUUCACCUGGUUGGCAGGUUUGAUUUCUUCCAUGAUGCCUGAAGGUGAAGGGUUCAAUCAGUUCUGCAAAAGUAGGGGGAAGGAGGAGGAAGGAGGGGCAAGGUGUUCCUAGCAUCCGGGCCUAUCCGGUAAGAGAGAGAGAAAAAAAAAAAAAAAAAAAAAAGAGAGAGAGAGAGACUUCAAGGUGUUUGCCGAUACAGUAUCACCUCUGCUCAUCAAAAUUCACGUAAGCUAUUGCACUGGCUGAUCAAGUGGUUAGUGACGGUCUGGUUGGAUCAAGUUGGAUGGGCAGGCGGAAGGAAGUUUGACGAUCGAAAAUGUCAACCCUUUCUUUGAAUGGCUCGCUGUGUUUGCCCCUCGUGCUGUGUCCGGCAUGCCAGCUGGCUUCGGAAUCCACCUGCCUGCUUGCAUGGUCACCUGCCUCCCCAGCUGUUUGGGUUCCCGUCUGGCCACCUGCCUGUAUGCUUGGCUGUCUCCCAGAACGACGACCUUCCCAUGCACCACCUUGCUCUCCAACCCGCUCACCUGACUCCCCAUUCCACACUUGCUCGCUGAUUGGGUCUUCUGAGUGGAGGUAUGUGUGCUGGAGUUGAUGAAGUGCUGAUGUGCUUGGCUUCGCCCAACACCGUACAUCUGCUGUGGGAGAAGAGAGACACAGAGAGAGAGACACACACAGAGAGAGAGAGAGAGAGAGAGACAGAGAGAGGAAGGUGGGCAGGCAAUUGGGUUUGGCGAAGUGUUCUUCACAAUUGCUCAGUUAGUUUAUUCGGAGUAUUCCUCAUCUAUGGAGCUCAGUUAGCUUAUCUAUGGCUGUGUCGGCAUCAUCAGCUAUGUUGCCAUCCACGGCUGAAUCGAAAUGUAUAGGUUGUGAGUCAGCAGUGCCUAUGGCUGAAUUGGAGGCAUUUACAGCGAAAUCAGGUCAGGUUGCAUCUCCCUUUGAAGUUUGAACCCCUCAACUUGCAGGCAGUGGAUGGCAGCGAUCAGGUUGCGUCUCCCGGUGGUCGAGCAUAAGAUAAUUACUAAUUAGUUACCUUCAGCAACAUUGUAUACCGCUUCCUCUUCCUUGGCUGACAUCCUCUGCGACCUUGAGAAGGGUGAAGGGUCGUUCCCGUAGCCUUGGAGCGAAGAGUCUGUGUCUAUUUUCCCAUAGACAGGUGGUUGAAAGUCUGCGGUCUAAGGCGCGGAAAUGUCAUGCGGUUCGGCAUGUAGAGGAGGGAUUCGCUUCCCUUCUAGAUGUCUGCCCGCUGAUUAAUUGCCGAUUGGUUGAUAUUGUUUCUCGCUCGUUGCCUGCAAGAAUCGAUUGUUAUCGUGUGCAUCCGAAGUGCCUCUUGUCCAUCAGGUUGUAGUUGAGGAGAGUGACACCUGAGCUGGUGGCUCCGCUGUCGGAGAAAAGCUUGUAUUUGUCAGCAUGGCAUCAUCGACCUUGUUUGCAACCGGGCGCUGUAAUUGCAUAC